AUGAGCAGAGACCGCGACAACGCACGGACCACCGAUUCGUGGCUCCCGCACAGCCAACCCGGCCCCCUCGCUGUCUCCACCGACAUCUCCCACCAACGCAACCCGUACUCCGCGCCCCCCACCUCUGCCUCGCGCCUCCCAGACCGCCCAGAUCUCCCAACAAGAGCGUCCACCGUCGGCUCCUCCGACCCCGAUCGCAAUCUCCCCGCCAACAGCAGCGCCAGCGCCAUCCCGCAGACCCGCAGCGAUGACCUCAAUCACCAGCCAUCUGCCUCAAGCUAUCCCUCUUCUCCGAGGCCAUCACCCCCCUUCCUCUCCUCUGCGCAGUCCAAGGAGCCCUCGUCUUCAGGCCAUUCAGAUCAAUCCCACCAUCACACAAGUGCUACCUCCCAUUCUGACCAGUCCUCUUCGAAUCCGAAGCCCCCGACAUCCACAAGCCUAUCCUCCACCUCAUGUUCAGCUUGCGGGAAACCGAUGCAGGGCCCCUUUGUGCGAGCCCUGGGUGCUGUAUUUCACCUCAACUGCUUCAAAUGCAUGGACUGUGGAGAAGUCGUCGCUUCCAAGUUCUUUCCUAUCGAUGGACCGAACGGGAGGCAGAGCCCUCUCUGUGAGCGCGACUAUUUCCGUCGGCUGAACCUGAUAUGUGCCAAGUGCGGGAUGGCGUUGCGAGGCAGUUACAUCACAGCGUGCAACAAGAAGUUCCACGUCGAGCAUUUCACAUGUUCGCUAUGUUCGACGCUGUUUGGCCCUCAAGACUCAUACUACGAACACGACGGCGAUGUCUACUGCCAUUUCCACUACUCGACUCGAUUCGCGACCAAGUGCGCAGGGUGCAACAGUGCGAUACUGAAGCAGUUUGUCGAGAUUAAUCGGAACAUGCGGGAUGAAUGUUGGCAUCCAGAGUGUUAUAUGAUCAACAAGUUUUGGAACGUCAAGGUGUCAACGCGGCGACCGACAUCAAUAGAAGGGAACACGGAGGAGCCGGCAUAUGUGGAGGAGGAACAUAGAGAGACACCUGGAUCCUUGAAGGAGAAGCAGGUUCGGAUGGAACAGCAGGUGUAUCGGAUUUGGACUGUUCUUUCUGCCUUUGAAGAGUCGAGUGCAGCCUGUAUAUCGGACAUGUUGAGACAAGUCAGCAAUGGGGCGUAUCUGGACGCGAUUCGAAUGGCUGAAAAGUUCAUUCUCCACGUCGAGGUCCUGUUCGGCACAAUAGACGACUUGGAGUUCCAUUUCGCCUCUCUAAAUAUGAAGGGGAUGUCGCACGUACGCGAAGCCCGAAUGCUGUGUCGGAAGACGGUGGAACUGUUCACUCUACUUUCCCAUACGCAGGAGACGGGCGCGCGCAGGAUGGGCAUGACGCAAGAGCUGCUGGCCCUCGUGACGGGCUUGGCACACUACCUCAAAAUCCUCAUCCGGAUCGCCCUGACCGGCGCUCUUAAAUUGGAACGCGAGCAGAGCGUGCGGGACGCCAUGACUUCCUUCCUCGACAAGCUCCAUCUGCUCGCGGUACAAGGCGGCAACCCCGCAGCGAAGCGCAUGAUCAAGGGCUCCAACGGCGAGGCGCUCACCGUCAACCCCAGCGCGAACUUUGGCACGCAGGGCGUCACGUACGGGUUCCGGAGCCUCGCGCCAGAGAACGCGGGCGAGUCGCCCUUUGCGCAGAGCCAGGGCGUGGUAUCGAAGGUUUCGUCCAACCCGCCCUCGGAUCUGUGUGUGCGGUGUAACUUGACGGUGGAGGAGGACUGCGUGCGGCUGGGCACUUACCAGCGGUGGCACUCGCACUGCGUACAGUGUGCACACUGCGGCAAGGUCGCGGCGGUACCGGUCUUGAAGGAGCAGUCGUCGAAGAGCGGCGACGAGAAGGACACGAGCAAGGAAGGGGGCACGAAUCGUGGUGACCAGCCGCCGAAGCUAUCCACUGCUCGACGGCCGCCAGCGAAGGUCGACCUUUUCGUGUAUGAUCCGGAGUCGAGGAAGGACACGUCGUCGUUUGGUGAGGUCCCCCAACUCAUCUUCUGCACUGAGCAUGCGCAUCCCGGGUGCCGAGGGGGCUUCCAAGCUGUCCAGCGACUAGAACAAUACGCGUUCCUCCUGAAUGUUGCUCUGCGGCGGCUCUACCUCCUUCUGAAGAAGCAGGGUGUGGUGCCCAUGUCACCAGUUUCGAGCGACCCGUCAACCCCAACAGGAUCCGACCCGUACCGGAGCUCCGCCGACAUUAUGAGGAUGAAGUCCGUGCACCUCGACCGCAAGCUGUCCGCUACCGCCCGGUUACCCAAACGCUCGACCAUCGUCGAGAGCCCAGCGGGAAGGAGCGUGCAUCCCUCCGAUCUACCGAGACAGUACGAGCCGGGGGCACAUCCGUCGUAUCACCAGAACACGCAUGUCCAGCAGGGGCAGCAGGGGCAGCAAGGGCAGAUGCCUUACACGGGCGGGUACGCCAACCAAUCGCCGCAGCCGCAAUAUCAGCAGAGCUCGAACACCCCUCCGAGCCAGCACAGCACCCCCCGGGCGAAUGCUGGGCGCUUGCUGCCUCCUCCUGAACCGCAGGGGCAGGCGCUAAGGCCGUCGUUGGCGCGGAGUAACACAAACGCGAACACGGAGGUGAUGAUCGUCGACGACAGUGCGCCGAAUUCGCCGGCGGGUGGUGCGGAGGAGGCGGCGUCGUCAAUACCCAAGCGGGAUGACGCCCUGACGCUCGCUGACAUCCCGCAGUGGGUCGAGGUCGCACAGGCCCGCGAGCAGCAGCGGUCCUUGCCCCGGGAGAACGCCACGCCGUACAUUGCACAACUGAGCCCUCUCGAGCUGGCGAUCGUCAAGCACUGUGCGGUGCUCGCCCUGACACGGUCGCCCUUGAAAGACAAUUUCGACCUCGACGAGAUUCUGGAGAUGGUUGAGAUCAAGAAGAGCGGGUUUUGGAACAAGUUGUUUAAGGGUGAUAAGAAGAACGUGAAGAAGAAAGGCGUCUUUGGGGUACCUCUUGAGCUCCUAGUGGAGAGAGAGGGUUCAGAUUCGCUGCUUGGAGCAACGCGGGCUACACUGAGGGUACCAAGCUUCAUUGACGAUGUCAUCUCGGCAAUGCGUCAAAUGGACAUGUCUGUUGAGGGAAUCUUCCGUAAGAAUGGCAAUAUCCGGCGGCUAAGGGACUUGACCGACGCCAUCGACCGGGAUCCGUCGACUGUCGACCUGUCGCUCGAUAACCCGGUGCAGCUGGCUGCGCUGCUCAAAAAGUUCCUUCGCGAGAUGCCAGAUCCGCUGAUGACCUUUAAGCUCCAUCGUUUGUUCUGUGCAUCACAAUCACUUCCAUCUGAGGAAGAUCGGAGACGAUAUUUGCACCUUAUCUCCUUGCUUUUGCCAAAGAGCCAUCGAGACACGAUGGAGGUUCUCUUCGUCUUCUUGAAGUGGGUUGCCUCUUUCGCGCAUAUGGAUGCCGAGACGGGUAGUAAGAUGGAUCUUGGCAAUCUUGCGACGGUCAUCGCGCCUAGCAUCAUAUACGCUCGAGGGCGGGAUGCAGCCAGGGACGAAACGUUCAGCGGGGUCCGCGUCAUCACUUCUCUGCUAGAAGACCAAGAUGAGUACUUCACGGUGCCUGCGGAGUUCUUGUCGAUCCUCCACGACCAAGAAUACUUUGCAAACUCGCUAGAUCUGCCGAGCAAAGAGUUCAUGAAGAAGUGCGACACGUAUAUGCGCCUGAAAGGCACCAAUGGUCGACCGGCCCCUUCAACGCCGUACAUGAACCAGACGAAUGGCUUCCCGCAGCAGCAACAGCAACCACGAUACCCAGCUAUGAAUUCCCCUGCUAUGGAGCGGCCGCCACCCGGAUCGCCAUUCGGUGGACCAUCGAAUUCUAGCCAGAGCAAUCCGAACAUGAGAACGCCGCAAAAUAGCGAACCCUACCCACCUACUGUCUCAUCGCCGAUGCAGCAAGGGAUGCAGCAGAACCAAGCCGUCAUGCAAAACGCACAGCGGAAUCAACAACAAUAUUCUGAAGAUUGGGCCCCGACACCUCCUCGGCCGAACACCUCCAACGGCCCCUCGUCACGGCCAUCGUCCUAUGUUGGUGCCAGUCAUCUUGGUUCUUCGUCAGCGCCGACGGGUGCCCAAAAUCCUUUGGCGCAGACCCAGGCUUUCAACCCUGUCAUGAACGGCUAUCCGUCUUCAGGGGGGGGCCGGCAGCGGCAAUGA